AUGGUGCAAGGUUUGCCGAGCUAUGAAAACCAUCCUGUUGUUUGCAGGGCCCGUGCUGCUGGGCAAAAGAGCCUUGUAAGACCUCUUGGGCUCUACUGGGACGGUGUCCGAUACUCAGUGCACAGUUCUUUCACUGGGUUCUACAUCACCGACAUUUUGUCUGGGCAGAAGUUUGUAUCUUUUCUGCUUCGUUCCGAAGACAUGUGUCGCUGUGGCUGCCGUGGGUGGUGCAGCCUCUUUCCGCUGGUGGAUGCUUGGGUGAAGGAUCUACACGAACUACAAUCGUCGAAUCAGUGUGCUGUUCUUGACAUCCAAUGCGACUGGCCUGCAUAUUUGGAGAUUACAGGGGGUAGGUUUUGGAACCACACGGAGCACCCCUGCCCUCUGUGCCUUAUAUCCCAAGCAGAAAUGAAUCCUGAAACUGUGCCGGGAAUUACACUCGACGACCUGGGCCACGAUCUGUACACUGUGGAAGACUACAACAACGACAUCGACAAGUUCACCAAGGAAAUUCUAGUGGACUGUGACGACAUGCUUCGGACGAUUGCCCGGAAUCUUGAGUACAGCACUGCAGACCGUGGACGACACCUUAUCACCGAUCUCCCCCGCUUUGGCCUCCAAAAGAACUGGCGACUCGAACCCAGCCGAUCGCUUCCUGAUGUGAGCCAAUUUGAAAACCAAGAGGUUCCUCUUCGGGUGAUUUUUUGGACUGGGGCGAGAAAUGAAAGGUUGACCCACAUGUGCCCUCUGUUUCUGUUGGAGGGGCUUACACAUGAUACUUGGUCAAUUGACAUUCUUCACACCUGGCACUUGGGGCCCAUGCAGCAGUUCAUAAGCCUGGCUAUGCACACCUUCAUCGCUUCGGGGGUUUUUUCGCCCCGGGCGGCCAACAUGGAAGCUGCCGAUGUUCGAGAGCUGGCCCUUAUGGCAAUCAAAGCUGAGCUGUUCCAAUUCUACAAGCAACUGAGAACUACCGACCCACGCUGGCGAGAGAAGGGCUCCGAGGCCUUUUGUUUGGAAUUUUAG